GUGAAAAAAGGGGCCGCUGCUUUUAUUUCUAUUUCCGAUGCAGAGAAGGGGCCGUGGGGGGAGUGAGGAGGCAGGCACGGUCCAAGGAGUUAAUCAACUUUCCUUUCAAGCUGGAAAAGCUUCUUUUGAAUCGGUCAGCAAGAUCAUCGCAGUUCAAGAAAUGCUGUAUUUAUAACCCUGACAACUGUUUUUCCUUUAAUGUCUUGUCCUGGUUUGCUCCAAUCAUCUUGCCUGUGUUGUGUCUGGUUUGGUGUGGUUUUUAACUUGAACGGAUCUAAGAAGUUUAAGGAGGACUUUGUACCCCUUUCUGGGAAUGGCUGAGCCCUUCCGCAGGGGCCACACAAUUUGAAGGACAGCCUGCCAGCUGAAUGCUCAGACAUGGCAAACGCCUCUGAGAGUCGGGAGCUUGGCAAUGCCAGCUUCGGACCUGGCCGUGCCUGCUGCCCUGAAAAUGCGACCCACGUCAACUUCACGUCCCAGGAGCAGCCCCCAGACUUCUACGUGGUCCUCCCAGUGAUCUACUCUGUGAUCUGUGCUGUGGGUCUGACGGGGAAUACAGCUGUCAUUUACGUGAUCCUGAAAGCCCCCAAGAUGAAGACCGUAACCAACAUGUUCAUCCUGAACUUAGCCAUAGCAGACGACCUCUUCACGCUGGUCUUGCCCAUCAACGUUGCAGAGCAUCUCCUGCACUACUGGCCCUUUGGAGAAGUCCUCUGCAAAAUCAUCUUGUCCAUCGACCACUACAAUAUUUUCUCCAGCAUUUACUUCCUCACCGUGAUGAGCAUCGACAGGUUUUUGGUGGUCCUAUCUACCGUCCGCUCCAAGAGAAUGCCCCACCGUACCUACCGGGCAGCUCGUAUCAUCAGCUUUGGGGUUUGGAUCCUGGUCACUCUUAUUGUGUCUCCUUUCUUUGUCUUUGCCAACGUCUACAAGGAUGACUUGAACAUCACCAGCUGCGGGCUCAACUUCCCCAGACCAGAAAGAUUCUGGUUCAAAGCCAGUCGGAUCUACACUCUCAUAUUAGCCUUCGCCAUUCCGGUCUCCACCAUUUGUGUCCUUUACACCAUAAUGUUGCACAAACUGAGGAACAUGAGUUUGAACUCAAAUGCCAAAGCUCUGGACAAAGCUAAAAAGAAAGUCACCAUCAUGGUCUUCGUUGUUCUAGCUGUGUGCCUCUUCUGCUGGACACCGUUCCACCUGGCCACCAUCGUGGCCUUGACCACGGAUUUGCCCCAGACCCCUGUGGUCAUUGGCAUCUCCUACUUCAUCACCAGCCUGAGCUAUGCCAAUUCUUGCUUGAAUCCUUUCUUGUAUGCCUUCCUAGAUGACAGUUUUCAGAAAAGUUUCAGGAAGAUGUUGGAAUGCAGACCUGCUUAACACAAAAGCCAGGAUUCCUAGCAAUGCUGGGCCCUCUGCUUAUUCACACCUCUUGCAAACUUUUUCCAGAACACGGAAGAAAUAUACAGCUGCAGCUGCCUUGUAUUUGAUUUUGAAAGGAGUCUGAAUGUCGAUCAUUCUCUGUACGUUUCAGCAUUCCUGGUGCGUUUGCAUAGUUUUAAGUUAUUUUCAGUUAAUUUUGCUUUGCUCCAAUGCCUAAUGUAUGUUACCAGAAAGGAAUAGAAGAAAGGGAUUUGAACUUAAGAAGUGUUAUGUUAUUAAUCUUGAUCUUCUUCUGCCUCCUGGUGGAAAAUAACAAACUUGCUCAAUGAAUAAAUAGCAUGAAAAGAGAA